CUCACUGCCUUUCCCUUUCCUUUUUCCUUAACCCCCAAGCCACACCCUCACUAUAAAUACAUAUAUAUAAACCGUAUACAUAUAUAAACUACUCUCUCUCCUCUCCCCCUUUCUCAUCCCGUUUCUUCACCGGGUCGGUUUGUGUCGUCUCCGAGACAAACCCAUCUGAAAAAUAUCCACCUUUGGGACCCGCCGCACAACACCAACGCGCACACAGAGGGGAGAAUAUUUUCAAUUUUUCUGCUGUUUUUGUUUUUCACUUGAAAUCCCAGAAAUAAAAUCUAGAAAGAGGGAGACUCACCGGAAGUGCGGGAAAUUUUCGCUCUGCUUCUUAUCAUCUGGGUGGGACAAAUCCGAUCAGUUACCGGUAGGUUUUCUGGGCGUGGAUUUCUUUGAGGAGUUAUUUUUUUCUGAUUCGAUCGCCUAUUUCGGCACACUGUCGGAGAAUAGGAGGUCUGAUAGCUUGGUAGUUUCGCAGAAUAUGAGUUUUCAUGUCCAAAAUGAGCGAAGGGAUAGGUCCAGGUUUCUUGCUCAGCCUGCUACUCAGCCUACUCAACCUGCUACUCAGCCUACUCAGCCUGCUCGUCGAGAGUGGGUGCUGAGAGGUACCAACCCUACCACUGCCACUGCUGCUGUUAACCCGCCUCCAGUCUAUCCGAACAACCUGAAUGUCAAUGCCAACCAGCCUAAUCCAAGAUUCAAUCCAAACAACCCGACCGGCAAUGUGAGCCAGCCUACUCCAAGAUUUAAUCCAAACAACCUGAAUGACAAUCUCAGCCAGCCUAAUCCAAGAUUCAAUUCUAACAACCUCAAUGGGAAUGCUGGCCUGCCUAAUCAUAGCUCUGUUACAUCCGAGAUUCGGCCACACAGAGGAGGAAAUAAUGGCGUUAUUAAAGGCCAUAUGGGCCAGUCAGCGAACCAUAGAAGGGAGAGGGGAAGGAGUGAGAAUCAGGAGGAAAAGGGAUUGAAGGACUCGAAUUUGCCCCAGCUUGUGCAAGAAAUUCAGGAUAAGCUGACAAAGGGCACUGUCGAGUGCAUGAUUUGUUAUGAAAUGGUGAGGAGGUCUGCACCUGUUUGGUCCUGCUCAAGCUGUUACUCAAUUUUCCAUCUGAAUUGCAUCAAGAAAUGGGCUCGAGCUCCCACUUCUAUCGACAUGUCUGCAGAGAAGAAUCAGGGGUUUAAUUGGCGGUGUCCUGGAUGUCAGUCUGUCCAGCUCACAUCUUCAAAGGAGAUUCAGUAUGUUUGCUUCUGUGGCAAAAGGACAGACCCGCCUUCAGAUUUGUAUUUGACACCACAUUCGUGUGGUGAGCCUUGCGGGAAGCAACUCGAGAGGGAGGUCCCAGGCAAGGGUGUGAGUAAGGAUGAUCUUUGCCCUCACGUUUGUGUCUUGCAGUGCCACCCAGGUCCAUGCCCUCCGUGUAAAGCAUUUGCCCCGCCACGUUUAUGCCCUUGUGGAAAGAAAACAAUCACAACGAGAUGUUCCGACCGGGCAUCUGUUCUGACUUGUGGUCAGCAUUGUAAUAAGCUGCUUGAUUGUUGGCGUCAUCGCUGCGAGCGGACUUGCCAUGUGGGUCCUUGUGAUCCUUGUCAGGUUCUGGUUGAUGCAUCCUGCUUUUGCAAGAAAAAAGUGGAGGUUGUUCUCUGUGGAGACAUGACUGUUAAGGGAGAGGUGAAAGCAGAAGAUGGUGUUUUUUCAUGCAGUUCCCCUUGUGGAAAAAUGCUUAGUUGCGGUAAUCAUUCCUGCAGUGAGGUUUGCCAUCCUGGGCCGUGCGGAGAUUGCAAUUUAAUGCCAAUUAAGAUUAAGACAUGCCACUGUGGGAAGACAAGCUUGCAAGAGGAACGACGGAGUUGUUUGGAUCCGAUUCCAACCUGUUCUCAAUUAUGUAGCAAGUCCCUCCCUUGUGAGAUGCACCAGUGUCAAGAGGUGUGCCAUACUGGGGAUUGCCCACCUUGUUUGGUUGAAGUGACCCAAACGUGUCGUUGUGGGUCAACUUCUCGGUCUGCGGAAUGCUUUAAAACCACAAUGGAGAAUGAGAAAUUCACUUGUGAUAAGCCUUGUGGGCGGAAGAAGAAUUGUGGAAGGCACCGGUGCAGCGAGAGGUGCUGUCCUCUUUCUAAUUUGAAUAAUGCUCUCUCGGGGGAUUGGGAUCCUCACUUUUGCUCUAUGUCCUGUGGGAAGAAGUUAAGGUGUGGUCAGCAUUCUUGUGAAUCGCUUUGUCACAGUGGCCACUGCCCUCCUUGCCUUGAUACAAUCUUCACGGACUUGACCUGUGCAUGUGGGAGGACUUCAAUCCCUCCUCCACUGCCAUGCGGUACCCCGCCUCCAUCAUGUCAGCUCCCGUGUUCUGUCCCUCAGCCUUGUGGGCAUACAUCUUCUCACAGCUGCCACUUUGGAGACUGUCCACCAUGUUCGGUGCCUGUGGCAAAGGAGUGCAUUGGUGGGCAUGUGGUCCUCAGGAACAUUCCUUGUGGGUCGAGGGACAUCAAAUGUAACAAGCUCUGUGGGAAGACAAGGCAGUGUGGUAUGCAUGCUUGUGGCAGGACUUGUCACCCACCUCCCUGUGAUACAUCUUGUUUGGCAGACCAAGGUUCAAAAACUUCUUGUGGACAGAUAUGUGGUGCUCCUAGGAGAGAUUGCAGGCAUACAUGUACUUCACUUUGUCACCCUUAUGCUUCUUGUCCUGAUAGCAGAUGUGAUUUUCCUGUCACAAUCACUUGUUCUUGUGGCCGGAUGACAGCAAGUGUUCCUUGUGAUUCUGGUGGCAGCAAUGCUAGUUUCAAGGCUGAUACUGUUUAUGAAGCUUCCAUUGUUCAAAGGUUGCCAGCACCACUGCAACCAAUUGAAUCAACCUGCAAGAAUAUCCUGCUCGGACAGAGGAAGCUUAUGUGUGAUGAUGAAUGUGCUAAGAGGGAGCGGAAACGGGUUCUUGCAGAUGCUUUUGAUAUAACUCCUCCAAAUUUGGAUGCGCUCCAUUUUGGUGAGAGUUCUGCUGUUGCUGAGUUGCUUUCGGACCUUCUUAGACGCGAUCCCAAGUGGGUAUUAUCUGUGGAGGAGAGAUGCAAGUACUUGGUGCUCGGCAAGAGUAGACGUGCUACAAGUGGUCUCAAGGUUCAUGUUUUCUGCCCGAUGCUGAAGGAGAAGAGGGAUGUAGUUCGGAUGAUCGCUGAAAGAUGGAAGCUUGCAGUUCAAGCGGCUGGUUGGGAGCCCAAGCGAUUUAUUGUGGUUCAUGUUACACCUAAAUCCAAAGCCCCCGCUCGGAUAUUUGGGGUUAAGGGCACAAUAACAGUGAGUGCACCCCAGCCUCCGGCUUAUGAACAUUUAGUGGACAUGGAUCCGAGGCUUGUAGUUUCAUUCCCAGAUCUCCCUAGAGAUGCAGAUAUAAGUGCACUUGUAUUGAGGUUUGGUGGUGAGUGUGAGUUAGUCUGGUUGAACGAUAAGAAUGCAUUAGCUGUAUUCAAUGAUCCUGCUCGAGCGGCAACUGCAAGGAGGAGGUUGGAUAAUGGUGCACUAUAUCAUGGCGCUAUUGUUGUUCACUCCAACGGCAGUGCAUCUAUGGCGGCACCAGGUUCUAAUGCUUGGGGUGGAUUGGGGACAUCUAGGGAAGGAGGAGCUUCUGCAGUGCUGAUGGGUAAUCCGUGGAAGAAGACUGUUACACAAGGGUCCGGUUGGAGGGAAGAUUCAUGGGGCAAGGAAGAGUGGCCUGGCAGUUCUACAGAUGCGCCGGCAAAUGUGUGGAAUAAAAAAGCACCAAUUGCUGCCUCAGUAAAUCGAUGGAGUGUACUGGACGGUGACACGGCAUUGGGCUCAUCCGCUUCAUCUCCCAGAGUUGAGGACACUAGAAAACAGUCUUUGGGUCCAUUGAAUUCGGCCUUGGACUCGAAAGCAAGUGGUUCGAGUUUGAGUUCCACUUCGGAAGGGCGGCCUGUUGGUGUUAUUGCAGAAACACCCGAAGUGGUUGAUGACUGGGAGAAGGCUUAUGAAUAAAGAUAGAACGGAGAAACAGAUGAAAAAAAGUUUAGGACCUUCAGCUUUGCGGGAUUUGUAGUAGUUUUAGUAGAUGAUCCGCCUUUUGUUUUCUUUUGUCUUGCAUUUGGGGGUGAUUAAAUUUUGUAGCCCAAAGAAAUGUUUAGUUAGCUCCACGUUUUUGUAUCAGUGACAUUUUGGAUCAAAUGGAAACCAUUUUUCACUUUAAA